CAGUAUCAUCAUCAGAUGAAUAGUGUAUAUUCUUAUAGUUCUUAUAAUUCUUAUAAUUCAUACAAUUCAAGUCGAUUUUCUUAUAUGUUAUAUCCUCCGGUGGGUUUCGUUCCCCUUUGGGCUUAUUUCCUGUUCGGACUCGUCUCCUUUGGGCUUAUUUCCUGUUCGGACUCGUCUCCUUUGGGCUUAUUUCCUGUUCGGGCUCGUUCUCCUUUGGGCUUAUUUCCUGUUCGGACUCGUUCUCCUUUGGGCUUAUUUCCUUUUGGUCUACCACACUUUGGUUUAUUGGACCUUUCUCGUUUAAAGUCUAUGGUUCAAAUCCAUUUACAUUUGAUUAUAGUGUCAAAUGGGUUCUUCUAAAUUUCGGUAGCUGAUUAUUAAUCGUAGAAUUGCAAUAAUUCACUGUUUUCACCUUUUUUUUUCUUGCUCUUCUCAAGACUACUUACUUAAGCACUUGUAUUUCCUACUUUGACUUGGUUCUAAUUCAAGGGCCAAGUUAUGAUAUUGAAAAGGUUGGUUAGAG